AUGUUAACACCUCAACCAAAUAAAAAAAAAAUAUCUGAAAUUUCUAAUAGAGUGUCUAAAUCUGAUACAAAAGCUCCACUAUCAAAAUGUAAAGAAGAGAGACAUCAUAAAAUUUUAUUUGUAGGUGAAGGAAAUUUCUCAUUUUCAACAUCUUUAUUGAAAAAACAUAACCAAAAAUUUCACACAAAUGAUAAUAAUCUUUUAAAAAUAACCGCUUCAGAUUUAUUUGUAUGUGAAACUGUUUUUAAAGUAUUCGAAGAUUGUGGAUAUGUACUUAAAGAAACUGGAGUUGAAAAAUACCAAUGUCCUGAAGAUUUUUGUGGACCAAAAGCUGAUAAAAAAUGUGAAAACUGUUUGUUAACAAUUGAAAAUAUUAAUUAUUUAAUAAAAUUCGAUUGCCAAGUAAUUUUUGGAUUAGAUGCAAAAAAAAUACAUGAAUCAACCGAAAAAUAUUCAAAAAUAUAUUGGUCAAUGCCUCAUGAUAGAACUAAAUAUUCAACACCAAGUCUCCCUAAUUUGAUAAGUGAUUUCUGUUUAUCAUGUUCUCAAGUACAAAAAUUGGGUGACAAGGUACAUUUGAUAAUCUCUCAAAAUUUGAUACAUCGAAAAAAAACCUAUCAUACCGAAUUCCAACAAGGCUGUGUAUAUAAUAUUAUCGAAAGCCCAUUUAUUGCUGGAUACACUUUGGAAAAAAGAUAUUAUUUUGACGAUCAAAGAUAUAAGGGAUAUAAACAUCAACAGACAGAAGGAACAGACCAAGUUGAGAAUGGAAAACAUCGAAUGGAAUUUGUUUUCAAAAAAUCUGGAAAAGUUUUAGAAAAAUACAAAAAUGUUGCUUUAAAAUUAAGAACUGUUGGGGAAAUAGAUCUUCAAGGAAAUGAUAAAGUUAUAAGUAAUAAAUAUGAAACCAAGAUUCAAUCAUCAUAUAAGAAAUUAAGGUAUUAUGAAAAAGAAGGCUAUAGACGUUAUUAUAUUGGAGAUGAUGAUUAUGAACCAGAGUUUGGCUCAGAUGACUAUUAUGAUGAUCAUGAUGAUCAUGGUGAUAAUCAUGAUGAUAGUGAAGAUGAAUCAUUUUUCAAUAAUUUUAAGAAUUUAUCCACUUCAGACAAAAAUAGACAAUUAUAA